UUCCUUAUGUGGAGUGUUUGUGGGCCGGGCCGGACCGAAAACCAACUUUAGAACUUUAUUUUGUGGUUCUGGUUAAACCAGGCCGCACUUUGUUCGGCAAGUGUUCGCGGGCCUGUGUUCUUUGGCGCCGGACGGAGGCUCAGGAUGGACACAAAGCUUCACUUGUUGCUGAAGUAACAGCUAAUGCUAACCGCUAGCUGUUAGUUAGCUGUCCGGCUAGCGGUGCAGUUAGCUCGCUGUGCCCGGGCUGGGAGCGCGGACCCCGGCCAGUGUUGGUGUUGCUUACACCCCGAUCAGCGGAGCUCCGGGCCGCCGGCAGGAGGAGGUUGUCAGGCCCGGGGCGGCGGGGACGCGGGUCGGGGCACAGUCGUUAAUGCUGGCCGGGAGCGACGCCGGGAUGGGCACCAGAACCGGAGCCGGGCGCAGCAGCAUCCCAGUGAACACGGCCGGUCCGGGACCGAACUCCGAGACCGACGGAGGCCAGUUUGACGAGAGAGCGUACAGCACCGAGGUGAUUUACAGCGGCUCCGACCAGGACUCGGACUCCGGGGACGAUGAAGACACGGCGGGCUCCGGAGACCGGAGAGGUGUGAAGCGGGAGAGGAGCGAGAGGGAGGUCGGGCAUCAGUCAGCGCACAUCUCCGGAGGCCUGAGCGGGGGUUACGGCGGGGUCAAGCCCGGGGUGCCUGGAGCUAAACCCGGCAAGAAAACCAGAGGAAGGGUGAAGAUCAAGAUGGAGUUCAUCGACAACAAACUGAGGCGGUACACCACGUUCAGCAAGAGGAAGACCGGCAUCAUGAAGAAGGCGUACGAGCUGUCCACGCUGACCGGUACUCAGGUUCUGCUGCUGGUUGCCAGUGAGACAGGUCACGUGUACACCUUCGCCACCCGGAAGCUACAGCCCAUGAUCACAUCUGAGACGGGUAAAGCGCUGAUCCAAACCUGCCUCAACUCUCCAGACUCACCACCGCGGUCCGACCCAUCCUCCGACCAGAGGAUGAGCGCCACAGGCUUCGAAGAGACUGACCUCACCUACCAGGUGUCUGAGGCCGACAGCUUGGAGGUUGCUAAGGAUCUGAUCAAACCAGCGUUCACUGGCUCCACGCCGUCCUCGUCCUCAGUGUCCAUGCAGGUCCAAACAAGCGCCCCCUCCUGGCAGCCGUCCUCCUCCACCAAUGGGACGGUGCUGAAGACGUCAGCCGGCGUUGUGCUUCCUGGAGGCUUCACCUUGAUGUCAGGUGCCUCGCUGCCCCCCGGCACACACACUAUCCCCCUCAGCCAGCUACAGGGCCAGCCUCUGGCCAUUCAGGGCCCUGGGGCCCCCGGCCCUGCUGCCACGCUUCAUGGUCCGCCCACACAGCCGACCACGCUGCUACGCCUCCCCGCCACCGUGUCACUGGCAGAUUACACCGUGUGUUCAUCAGGGGGUGGAGUCUCGCAGCAGCUACAGACCUUCCAGGUUCAGUCCAGCAGUCAGCAGACCUCCACCAAUCAGAGCAGCUCAGAGAUCCACAGCCCCACCCCCUCCACAGCCAUCGUCUCCUCCUCCUCCUCGUCCUCCUCCUGCUCCUCUGUGGCCGGUCACAUGAUGUACCCUGGUGGUCACACGGUGAUGUACGCCGCACCAACGCCAUCACUAGGCGACGGCAGCCUCACCGUCCUCAACACCUUCCCUCCCACUGGGCAUGCUCAGUCACAUGACCCCGGUACAGCCCCGUUUCUAUGGUUACAGCAACCAGGAGCUUCUCUCCCUCAGGUCUUCCUCACCUCUCUUCCUCCGGUCACUGCUCAGAUCCCAGUUUCUGCAGUCCAGCUGCACCCGGUACCAGAACCACACAGAACCACAUAGAACCACACAGUCUCACAGCAGUCUUGUCCUCAGAUGGUCUUAGGGCAGUCUCACAGCAGUCUUACAGCAGUCUUGUCUUCAGAUAGUCUUAGGGCAGUCUCACAGCAGUCUUACAGCAGUCUUGUCUUCAGAUAGUCUUAGGGCAGUCUC